AAAACAGACAGUUCAAUGCAGAAAUAAUGCUACUUCAUAAUAUGUGGGCUCCCAGUGUUAAGCCCGUUGACCCUUUUGUGAUGACAUGUGGAGAUCGUAUCAUGAUCCUAAUCUGCUGUUUCAGGGAGGAGUCCACAGCUCCAGGAUCACAGUCAGGAUUACCCCAGUCCUGAGACCAGACCGAGAGACAGCUACCUCACAUCUGGACCAAUACUGGAGGAAUACUCAUUUAUACAUCUGUUUUACAAAACCUUUAUGGACAAUUUUGUUUUUUAGAAUUGAAAUCAAGUGAAAACUUCAACAACAAUACGGCACAGGAAUCAUGUACUUGAAAAGCAGACAUAAUAUUGUUAACACUGAAAAGGCAAAGAGGAGCAUCAGAGGCAAAACAUGGGCCCAUCUCAAACCUCCUCCAUGCCAAGACAGCAUUUUCAGUGAGAACUCUCCAAAACUGAGAAGAGAAAAAUCCCAGUCUUUAAAAGGGGUGAGUGGAGGCAAGGAGGAGGACGCCCUGCGCUCCACAGUCUUCGGACAGGCCUGUUAUGAGCUCACUCACAGCGAGAGGGUCAUGGAGGAGGUGACAUUUGGGCGCCGUGUGGGACUCUACGAGCUCAGAGGAGAGAUCGGAACUGGAAACUUCUCUUCUGUCAGACUGGGCAUGCACGUGGUGACUAAAGAGAGAGUGGCAAUAAAGAUCCUAGAUAAGUCUCGUCUGGAUAAGAAGUCACAUGUCCUUUUUGACUCAGAGAUCUCGUGUAUGGAGAAACUGUCCCACCCGAACAUCGUACGUUUGUAUGAAGUCAUAGACACAUUCAAGAGGCUGUAUCUGGUGAUGGAGUACGCCAGCGGAGGGGAGCUAUUCUCACGCAUCACCACCAGGGGGCGCCUCUCAGACCUGGAGAGCAAACUGGUGUUCUCUCAAAUCAUCUCCGCACUCAAACACAUGCAUGACAACAACAUCGUCCAUAGAGACCUGAAGGCAGAAAACGUUUUCUACACCAGCACCUACUGCAUCAAAGUGGGCGACUUCGGCCUCAGCUCCGAGUGCCACCCAUCUGACCUCCUCCACUCCUCCUGUGGCUCUCCUCCAUACGCCGCCCCCGAGUUGUUCAAAAACCGAGCAUUCAACGGCCAAUCUGCAGAUCUCUGGGCUCUGGGUGUACUUUUAUACUUCAUGGUUACUGCCACUAUGCCAUUCAAAGCUACCAACACUGGCAAGCUGAGGAAAUGCAUUUUACAGGGCGCCUAUGCCGUACCGUCGCAUGUGCCCAAAUCAUGUCAGGAUGUGAUAAAAGGCCUACUAAAACAGCUACCAGUGGAUCGAAUAAGUUUACCUCUAAUUAUUGCUAGUGAAUGGUUGAAAGGCAUUGAAUAUCCUCAAGCCUACCCAGCAGUUAGCGCUACACCAUUAAACCUGUACAACACUAACUAUCUACUCAGCUCUGAUGAAUUGAAUGUAAAAACGGCACUGGAAAAUCUAGGCGUGACUAAAGUGCAUAUGUUAAACAAUAGCAUGGAUUUGCGGAGUCCUAUUACCGGGGUGUAUAGGAUAUUGCUGCAUCGCGUUCAGAAGAGGAGCUCAGUGGAAGCAGUGGGGUACAGCCAGUGCAUCCAGGAGUCCAGGGACAAGUGGAGAGCAGGGUCCGACAGUAUGUUAAACAAGAGGCGCUCUGUUGUCUGUGAAGUCAUGUGAUUCAACAAUUCAAAUGUGUUUUAGU